AACAAACAGAGCGCGAUUCUCCUUUGUCUGCUUCUCGACUAAACUCUGCUUCGGAUUUCCUCAGCCUCGCUCCUCCUCCUCCUACUCUGUACCAAAACUUAAUAAGGAAAAAAAAAAAAAAGAUUCAUUUACAGAACAACCUCACAGAGGAACAGAAAUUAAACCGAAAAAAAAGAAAGAAAGAGAGAUGUUUAAGUCGAAGUUACAAGAACUUUGCCACCAGCAUGCUUGGGAAUUACCAGUUUAUACAACGGUGAAGGAUGGACCCGAUCACUGCCCUCGCUUCACCACCACUGUCACCGUCGCCGGAAUGUCCUUCGAAUCGCCCCUCAAUCAGUGCAAAUCAUCAAAAGACUCUCAAAAUGUCGCUGCCAAGCUUGCUUACGACCACUUCUCUGCCUCCCCUAUCUCCGUCACCUCUCCUCCUCCUCCUCCUCCUCUUUCUCUUUCUCUUUCUCCGGGUUUUGCGGCAUCCAGCAGUAUUGUGGAUGUUAGACAUGCAAAGAAUGAUAACUUGCAUCAAAAGGUUGGAGGAAAUGUUGCAAUGAGUCCGGUCAAUGAAACACCCCUGGCUCACAAGGAUGAAAGUAGGGCCAAAGACUUGCUGCAUGUCUACAAGAGUCGGUUGCAGCAUUAUGCACAGAAGAAAAGUCUUGCUCUUCCUGAGUAUUCUCUUGAGUUUGAUGGUCCUCCUCAUGCACGUCUAUUUAGGGCUAGCGUGACGAUUGAUGGAAGAACUUACCGAACUCUAGAAUGUUAUCCUACAUUGAAAGAUGCUGAACAUGCAGCUGCAAAAGUUGCUUUGGAGUCAUUAUCUCUUGGUGAAAUUCAGGAGGAUGAAGGCCUAUACAAGACUUUAUUACAAGAAUUGGCCCAAAAAGAGGGAUUUUACUUUCCAUCAUAUUGCACAGUAAAAACUGGUCCAUCUCACAUGCCGACUUUUGUAUCCACCGUUGAAGUUGGAGGUGAAACUUAUCAAGGUCGAGAAUGCAAAACCAAGAAGCAGUCAGAGAUGAGUGCUGCUAAGGUGGCUUACAACAGUCUUAUGGAGCGUACAACAGUUAAUAAUCUCCCACUUGGUUGCAGCACAAAGGAUAUUUUGGAGGUCCCCUCUCUUAGCUUGGAACCUGCCAUUAAUGACAAGUGCCAGCCAAACAUAGGAGCAGAAACCACUGAAGAAUAUCACAUGGGAGUAGCAGUUGGCAAAAUGGAUGGAAAAUCUAGUGUAGUUACAUCUGGUAGUGAAAGGAAGGAAUACUCAGAGUUAUUUGAUUCGAGUGUGGACUCUGUUGUUGGUAAUGAUUUGCAGCAGAAUAUCCAGCCGAAGCCCAUACCUACAGUUAAGGAGAACUUGGAUGCUGCAGUUAAAGCUGCUAUUCUUUCUCCAGGGGAAGAGACAAAUGCUAAAAGGUACAGAUGUUCUCCAACAGAAAACAUGCAUGAAUCUCGGCCUGAAAUAUCCUAUCCUUCCUCUGCAUCACUCAAUACCCCAUCUUCAUGUUCUAUGCCUUCUGUGUCUGCGGAAUCUGAUGCUGCAAAACCAGCUGGAGGUAAUACCCGUCGCACCAAGAUUUUAGUUUUUCCCCGUGGAUCACCCAUGGAAAUUCCUGAGGGUGCCUCCAUAUUGCCCUACAGUGAUGACAAGUGGGUGGCAGUGAAAGUGGAGUUGAAUCAAAAUCAGCAGUCUUAGUAAUGCACCAUUGCUCUUGAUCUUCUAUUGUGAGAAUAUUGGACGGAAUUGUGUCUGCCCAAUGUUUUUCAGUUUAUUAGUUCUCUUCGAGGAAAGUCUACCUUAACCUCCCAUGUCCUGUUAAUGUCAAGGUGGAUGCUAGUUUACAAACUGAAUUUUUAAGCCCUGAGAUGGAAUUAUAUUGCUUGUCAGUCAUUUGCUGCAUCCAUUGCCCACUAUAUA